AUGGAGUCGGCCGUGAACAGCUCAGACUUCAACGUUGCGGUGCCUCAUCCAACAUUGAGGUUGGCACUCACUCCGCCUCGAGAGUCUGAUGGAGCUGCAGUGAUCCUCGGCCUCAACCACCCAAAGGUAUACAUGAACCUGAAUGGCCCGCCCUAUCCGUAUACAGAGAAAGAUCGGACAGAGUGGUAUGCCAGGAUCUCCAACGAAUGGAAACAAAAUUGGUCAGAGCUGGCGGCUAUACGGAAACAUGAGCAAUCGAGUUCCAGCAUCACUGGGAAUAUCGCCACGCCAGCCGACGGUUCGCAGCGACCGUGGCUCGGCCGACAUUGGACUUCAACCAUUCGACAUUUCGAGGAGUCGGACACAGGGACCAAUGGAAAGUUUAUUGGCGAGAUUGGGGUGGAAAGAGAGUGCUUUCUCUAUAUUCUAGAUGAAGAGGAACGAAACAGGCGGAAAGAGGAAAACGACAAACUGCAAGCUGGUGAUCCGAACAUCACUUGGGAAAUCGGAUUCUGGCUCAUCCCCGAAUACCAUGGUCGCGGGAUCAUGCCAGCCGCCCUGCGGAAACUAAUGGCUGAAGUGAUCAUCCCACACAUGAACGCCCACCAAAUAGUCGGGACAUAUUUCGAGCACAACCUUCCCAGCAGAAGAGUGUUUGAGAAGUGUGGAUUCUCCUUCGAGACCGUGGUACCGAAUGCCGUUCCAAUCAAUCCUGCUAAGAUCGGCGGUGUAGAGGGACCCAAGGUCGGAGUGGGCAUUCUCAGGUGGAGGCGUCAGUUGGCAGACUGA